GACAGUAGACCCUGGGCACUAGGCAGACAUCACCAUAUUUGGAAUGCAGCAGCCUAGACAGUAGACCCUGGGCACUAGCCAGGUGUCGCCGUAUUUGGAAUGCAGCAGCCCAGACAGUAGACCUUGUCUAGACGCUGGGCCCUAGCAAGGCAUUGUUACUGGCCGGUCUUUGCUCCCAGGGUGGUGGCGGGCCGCUCCCAAUGGCAGCAAGGCCUUGCUCUCUGACCUGGGGUUCUUGGCCUCAUCCAUUCCAAGGAAUGGAACCUUGGGCCAUGCGGUGAGUGUUAUAGCUCUAUUAGAAGCUGUGGGUCACGGAAGAGAACUGUGGAACCCAGCGACUAGUGUUCACCUACUUGAACCCAGGAUGAACCCAGGCACUUAGCUGUGCAGGAACAAUGGCUCUUAUCACGCGAUGGCAUCCACUGUGGAAGGAGGCGACACAGCUCUGCUCCCAGAAUUCCCCAGGGGGCCCCUCGAUGCCUACCGAGCAAGAGCGUCCUUCAGCUGGAAGGAGCUGGCGCUGUUCACGGAAGGGGAGGACAUGCUCCGCUUUAAGAAAACCAUCUUCUCAGCUCUUGAGAACGACCCUCUUUUCGCUCGUUCCCCUGGAGCUGAUCUGUCCUUGGAGAAGUAUCGCGAGCUGAACUUCCUUCGAUGCAAGCGGAUCUUCGAGUAUGACUUCCUCAGUGUCGAAGACAUGUUCAAGAGCCCUCUGAAGGUCCCCGCCUUGAUUCAGUGCCUGGGGAUGUAUGACUCUUCUCUGGCUGCCAAGUACCUCCUCCAUAGCUUGGUUUUUGGAUCAGCAGUUUACAGUUCUGGUUCUGAAAGACAUCUCACAUAUAUUCAAAAGAUCUUCAGGAUGGAGAUUUUUGGAUGUUUUGCUCUGACCGAAUUAAGCCACGGCAGUAAUACCAAGGCCAUUCGCACGACUGCCCACUACGAUCCUGCCACUGAGGAAUUCAUCAUACAUUCCCCUGAUUUCGAAGCUGCCAAGUUUUGGGUUGGCAACAUGGGCAAGACAGCCACUCACGCGGUGGUGUUUGCUAAGCUGUGCGUGCCGGGGGACCAGUGCCAUGGGCUGCAUCCGUUUAUCGUGCAGAUCCGGGACCCGAAGACCCUUCUUCCCAUGCCUGGAGUGAUGGUCGGCGACAUAGGAAAAAAACUCGGGCAGAACGGUCUGGAUAAUGGGCUGCCCUUGGAGAAGAGAAGAGCCUCAGGGCAGGACCCCUGUUUAACAGAAGCCCUGCUGCUUCCCCACAGUUUCGCCAUGUUCCACAAGGUCAGAGUUCCUCGCCAGAGCCUUCUGAACCGGAUGGGAGACGUCACCCCCGAGGGCACCUAUGUCAGCCCCUUUAAGGACGUCAGGCAGCGCUUUGGAGUGUCCCUGGGGAGCCUGUCCUCGGGCCGGGUCUCCAUCGUGAGCCUGGCCAUCCUUAACCUAAAGCUGGCCGUGGCCAUCGCUCUUCGCUUCUCAGCCACUCGGCGUCAGUUUGGACCCACAGAGGAGGAGGAAAUACCAGUGCUUGAGUAUCCAAUGCAGCAAUGGCGCUUACUUCCAUAUCUGGCAGCUGUCUACGCCUUAGACCACUUCUCCAAGUCGCUCUUCCUGGACCUGGUGGAGCUCCAGCGAGGACUUGCAUCAGGAGACCGCAGCGCCAGACAGGCAGAGCUUGGACGUGAGAUCCACGCCCUGGCAUCGGCCAGCAAGCCCCUGGCCUCGUGGACCACCCAGCAAGGAAUUCAGGAAUGCCGGGAGGCGUGUGGAGGACACGGCUAUCUGGCCAUGAACCGGUUGGGUGUCCUUAGAGAUGACAACGAUCCCAACUGCACAUACGAAGGUGACAACAACAUCCUGCUGCAGCAGACAAGCAACUAUUUGCUGGGCCUCCUGGCACACCAGGUCCAGGAUGGAGCUUGCUUCCGCAGUCCGCUGAAGUCAGUGGACUUUCUGGACGCCUAUCCCGGCAUCCUUGACCAGAAGUUUGAGGUCUCCAGUGUUGCCGACUGCUUGGACUCUGCAGUCGCCCUGGCAGCAUACAAGUGGCUGGUUUGCUACCUGCUCCGAGAGACUUAUCAAAAAUUAAACCAAGAGAAAAGAUCAGGAAGCAGUGACUUUGAAGCAAGGAACAACUGCCAGGUGUCCCACGGCCGUCCGUUGGCGCUGGCCUUCGUGGAGCUCACGGUGGUCCAGAGGUUCCACGAGCACGUGCACCAGCCUUGCGUGCCGCCCUCGCUGCGGGCCGUGCUGGGGCGGCUCAGUGCUCUGUACGCCCUGUGGUCCCUGAGCCGCCACACGGCCCUGCUCUACCGAGGAGGAUACUUCUCUGGUGAGCAGGCGGGAGAAGUGUUGGAGAGCGCCGUCCUGGCUUUGUGUUCCCAGCUGAAAGACGAUGCAGUUGCCCUGGUAGACGUGAUCGCUCCUCCUGACUUUGUUCUGGACUCACCGAUUGGCAGAGCCGAUGGCGAGCUCUACAAAAACCUCUGGGGCGCUGUCCUGCAGGAAAGCAAGGUGUUGGAGCGGGCAUCCUGGUGGCCAGAGUUUUCUGUGAACAAACCUGUCAUAGGAAGUCUGAAAUCGAAGCUCUAGUGGGACUGGCACACAUUCAGCCAAGUCUAAUGAAACGAAGGGAACUAAUCAGACUUGGACCUCAACUUCUGAUUCCAGAACACGCCGGAGAUUGCUGCUGCUUUCUGAGCCCGCACCUGUGCGCCUAAACUGCUGAUUGGCCUCAACCGCCCAGGCGGACGGGAGGGAGGCGCCCGGCCGGCUGGACUAAUCUGGGAUUGCGGUGAUUUGCAGCGUGGAAAAGAAAUACAGAUGAUCAUGUCUACCUGA